CUAGACCCUAAAGUCAUUAAUCCUUAGAACAAAAGAAGCCUCUUAGACGUUGCACAUAGAGAUCUAGAGCACACAUUGUAUAGGCAUCCAUUGGAGUGCAUUGGUUUUAUCCCACGCGUCUGAACCAAAGAAGACAAGCCUUGCAUUGAGAAAUUAGUCACAGAAAACCCCGUCUACAAUGUCUUCAAGUCCCCGAAAUUCGGGUCCUUCGAAUCGGUACGGGAGCGAAAGUGAUCACGGAAAACGAAGAAAAAGCUUUUUCCCUUCCCUGACAAGGCGAGAUUUCAAAAGCUCGUCACACUCACCCCUGGCAUUGCCCACUCCAGCUGGCACCGGUCUGGCAUAUGUUUCAAAACCUUCUCUACGAGGGGACCCCGCCGGGAAUAGCGAAUUUGCCCCAAGAUCGCGAUAUCGCGACUCAGUCCCCUCUGGAAAUUCCAGUAAUCUCAACGGCUCUCGUCAGAAUAGCUAUUCUAAGGAUGCGAGAUACGCCUCUUAUGGUACCAAGUAUCCGUACACAUCGAACUACCAUCAGGAUCGUACUAGCGGAGCCUACGGUUCUUUCAGCAGCGCCAAAAGAGCUGAAAACGAAAUGAGUUCAGCUUACUCGACCUCUCGCGACUCUAGUUCGCGAGAUAUGGUGAAUGGCUCGUCAACACGACCCGAAAAACCAGGGUUCUCACGAGAGUCUUGGAGCCGUGCAGAGAGGCCAAAACUGCACAAUGCCAAUGGCGGGAAGUCUCCUGGACUGUCUCGUUUUAAUCCCAAUAGCAUUCCGCUCAGCUCCAGAACUGGCCUGAAUGUAUUAUCAUCAUCUGUAUCUAAUGACUAUCACAAUGAACAUCAUGAUUCAUAUGAUGAUUCUAGCUCUGGCAGGUGGAAGUCAUAUUCCCCUCCCAGAAUUGACAGAAAUGAGCGCAGCGGCCCCAUAGGACCAUCUGGCCAAGCAGCGAGAUUUAACACACCUAAAGAGAGAAUACGAAGUUCUGGUUUAACUAAUAGCGUUGGAUCAUCCAAGCGCUCUGAUGCAUAUUACUCACAUAGAACUUUCAAUUCCCAUGAUCGAUUCGAUAGAGGGCGUUAUAGUGAAAGUUUGGAUUCUAGAAGUCACAGAACUACCAGUGCGAAUACUAGAGAGUACCAUGCUAAACUGGCGUCUCCUCUGAGUGAAAGCUAUUAUAGAACUGAUACAGGCGACGAUUCCUCCAUGACAACGCACAAUGCGCCAGAGGUAGAUCACAUAGAAGGAGAUGAUGACGAGGAUGAAGGGGAAGAAGAAGAAGAAGAUGACGAUGACGAUGAAGACGACGACGACGACGACGACGAAGAAGAAGAAGAAGAAGAAGAAGAAGAAGAAGAAGAAGUACCCAACAAAGAUGAAAAAAUUUCGGUUGAGCUAGAAAGAAUAAUCGCAGUUCCAAAGAAAUUGCCGAAUCUAGAAAAACACGAAAUUCAUUCAGAGAUCUCCGAAAUUCCAAAACAGACUCUGAGUUCUAGUAAUUAUCAAGACACCCAAAUGCAUGAUGGGUUACUGCUUGCUAGCGAAGACGCCACAAGUUCCGCUAUCGAGUACCCCGAUGGGUGCAUAUACCCACAAUCGAAACUAGAAUCUGAAUAUCAUCAGUUGAAGUCGCUUUUACCCCAAGAUACAGAGUACCUUCAGAAGGCAGCAUCAUUUGCAUGCGGGAAGACAAUUUUUUCUCAAUUUCCCUUUUACUCCUAUAACUUAAAGCGCUUUUCUGUUUUUCACGAGAAUUAUUUGCAUAUUUUAAAGAAAAACAGUCGCGAGUUGAAAAAGAGAAAACUCGUGUUAAUUUGCAAGUACAAGGCAUUGGCAGCUGAAAGUGAGAGACGGAGACAAUUUAUGGAAGAGCAACUCAAAAUACUUCAUCCACAUGAUGAAGAGGCGAGAAAAGAGCUUGAGGCAAUCGAUAUUCGUGUGAAAAACCCAGAACCAGAAGUUGAAAUUGCUCCAAUUGAUCCUCCAGUUCAAACAGGACGCCGUGGUCGCCGUCAUGGUGAUUCAGUGACAACUGAAGCGGAGUUCCAGGAAAUUCUUCGAAGUUUAAAAAACGAACAAAACGACGAUCCCGUGGCGCGGGCACGCCACGUUGCUGCAGAAAUACCGGAUCUUAUCUUGGAUCCCAUUGAAAGACACGCUUUCAAAUUCAUGAACUCGAACAAUUUUGUGCGCGACAAAUCGAGUUGGGAGAAACGCAUUAAUACGGACUUUGAGACUAAUUUUACUGAGACUGAACAUGAUUUGUUCUGCGACGCCUUUUGCAGAUCUCCGAAACGAUUUGGUGAGAUAUCCAGAUGUAUGGGUGGUAUUCGUACCUUUGGCGAAUGCGUUAUGCACUACUAUAUCACCAAAAAGGCGGUCAACUACAAGCUUUUGGUAUCUCAGUAUAAGAAAAAGGCGUCCAACAAAAACGCGCGUCGCAAAAAGAAAGUGAAGUCCAAGAUUCUUCCUUCAGCCGCGAGUAAUGGGGUAUCCACUCAAGGUGAAAGCACCCAUGUGGAUCCGCGGAUCGAAAUUAUACCUCUCACCGAGGGUAAAAUCGAAGACAUAGACGAGAAGAUGGCCGAUGAAGAGAAUAGCGACCAUGAGAAUCUAGAGCAACCAGAAAGAAAGAAAGCACGGCUCGAGUUUAGCCUAGGAGGUCCUUCAAAGACGGACCAUAAUGUUUUUCUAGAACGCGAAAUGGAGACAAAAAUAUCCGAUGAAAAGCCGGUAUUGACUGCUUCCGAAAACCUUCAAAUUUCAGGAGAGUCGCAAACAGCACAUGUUGCGCCUAUCAUAUCAUCUAGCGAUGUAUUGGACGAAUCCAGUGGGGGAGAUGAAAAAAAGUCUCUCAAACACAUAACUAGCUAUUGGAGUAUCACUGAGGUCGAGAGUUUCCCCCAUCUAUUGAACACCUAUGGAUCGAGAUGGUCAGAUAUUGCCGCAGAGCUAUCCACGAAAAGCAGUACAAUGGUGAAGAACUACUACCAAAGAAACGCUGAAAAGCUUGGCUGGUGGCUCAAUUGA